CCACCACCGCCACCACCGCCACCACCACCACCACCUCCACCUCCUCCACCUCCAGGCUUUGGCCUCCCCCCAUCACUACAUGGCUUUGGCCUUAAUGCCAAGGGAGCACACCGGCGCUCCAGGAUGCGCAAUUUCAACUGGGAAACCCUCCCCAAACACAGUGUGGAAGGAAAACACAACAUCUGGACAGCAGAUAAGACUGAUGGGGAAUAUGAGCUGGACACUGAACACAUGGAGGAGCUGUUCAGCCGCAAGCAGGACCAGCAACAAGUGAAGGCCCUGAACCGCCAGAGCCUGAGGGGCCUGCCAAAUUCUGCCUCAGGAGGGGUAAUGGUUUCCAUCCUCUGCUCCAAGAGAAGCAUGAACAUUGGAAUUUUCCUGAAGCAAUUCAAGCGGACUGUAAAAGACAUGAUUGAAGAAAUUAAAUCAGGAAGUAGUCUCACUUUUGGUCCUGGAAAACUGAAGGAGCUCUGCAAGCUGCUGCCAGAUGAAGGGGAGAAGAAGCAGCUGGUCGGCUUUAAAGGUGACCCCUCUGCUCUCCCUGACGCAGAUCUGCUAAUGCUAAUGCUAGUCAAGAUUCCCAGCUAUGAAGAGCGUCUCAGCAGCUUGGUGCUCAAAGAGGAACUUUUCCCCCUCAUAGAUGAAAUGAAAAACUUCAUCAGCACUUUGACAGCAGCUGGAAAUGAGCUCUUGGAGUCGGAAAACCUCCAUUCCGUCAUUCGCCUGGUGCUGAAGACUGGAAAUUACAUGAAUGCUGGUGGCUAUGCAGGCAGUGCCAUUGGAUUCCGAAUGGCUUCUUUGUUGAAGUUAGCAGACACUAAAGCAAACAAACCAGGAAUGAAUCUUAUGCAUUAUGUAGUGAUACAAGCCCAGAAGUCAGACGGGGACCUGCUUAAUUUUGCAGACCAACUCACACACAUUGAAGCUGCAUCAAGACUGAAUAAAGGUGAAAUAGAAGCAGAGUAUGAAAAACAGGUAAAAAGAGUGCAAGAUGCCAAAGCGGACACCCUGAAGCAAGAAGACCUAAAAGCUCAGAUGGGUGAUUUUCUAAAGGGGGCUGAGGUCUGCUUAGCUGAAAUGGAGACCGACCUUCAGGAACUACAGUCAGUGAGUGACUCUGUGGCGGACUACUUCUGUGAAAACCCAGAGAAGUUCAAACUGGAGGAGUGUUGCUCCAUUUUCCACUCCUUUUGUGAGAAAUUCAUGCGGGCCAUGCAGGAAAAUAAGGCUCGAGAGGGGGCAGAGGUGAAGCGGCGACACAGAGAAAGAUUGCAGAAUGCUGUCAAACGAAGGUCAACAGCUACCUGCUCCACUAGAGACAAAGAAAUGGAAGGAAUUCAAUUGCAAUCUGUCCUACAAAACUUUCUCACCAGUCGUGUCUCUCGGAGGAGACUCGGGAGACCCUCAUCUGCUUAUGGAAGCCCGAAGAGCAGCAGUCCUAACGAUGGGAGUCUAUCUGAAAUUAACCCUCAGGCAAACCUCCCCACUGGCAUUCAAAAAAGAAUAGGCUCUGUUAAAGCUACGGACAUGGGCAGAAAAGAGUGGAGUUCAGCAGUUGAACUCUCAGAGAACCCUCCACAAAAGAAAACUCCAACCAAUAGCGAGGACAACAAGGCAAAAGGCGACAUUUCUAAUGAACAAGAGGUGAACACUUUGAGCAAAGAAGACUCCAGAGGUCUCACACAGCCAGCCAGCAGGACCACCAGCGUUUCCUCCUCAGGCAGACUUUUCUCCACCACCACUGAUGACAGUGAGGAAGACCUACAAGAUAAUAACGAAGAGGAGGCCCAAAGAUUGCGGGACGCAUCUAAAAAGGUUUUGCGCUUUCAGAAAAGCCGUAGCAGUGUCUCAUCCGAUUCUUUUGAAAAUCUGAAAUCUCCUGGUCCAAAAGGCACAUUGCCUCGUCAACGCACCUUUGAUGAGGACGCAGACAGGCAUCCUGGAGACCCCACCAAUGAGGAUUUAGUUAGACUUUUGCUAAAUCCUCAGUCUUUCACAAAAUGUGACCUUGGCCGACGCCAUACUCUACCUUCUAAAGUUCCUAAAACUGAGGAAGAGGAAGAUAAACUGUGUCCCAAGCCUCCAGCAAGAUCUCCUUCUUCUGCAAGAGAAAAAGGGACACUGCCAGCAGAAGGGUCUGAACAAAAUCCUUCAAAUCAAGUGUUUGACUUUCCCAACUUAUCUCAGAGCUUUAAGAACUCUGGUUCUAAAGACCAGCAUUCUCCGUCAGCAGAAAAGAAAAGCAAGCUAAAUGUUUCUGUAACCCAUGUUCCAGAUGCUGGACAUGAGGAGCAAAUCAAAGUGGACAAAUCAAUGGAGCCGUCAGGGAACCCCUUGCAGAGAAAUAGUGAAACCCCCACUAACAGUGCAUGGACAAAGACUGAAAACUCUGGACUAUUUUUUAGCUUUUUAAAACGCCUUGGAGAUAUAAGCAAACUGCAGACUAGCAAGGAAACUGUCCAUAAGGGCAAUGAUUCUAGUGUAUAGGCAUUGAGAUGUAUCAAACGUAAGGUCAGGAAAACACAAGUAGCCUUAGUGUAACUUUAAUUACCUCAUCAUGGUGAUUGUGUUAUAUUUAAUGUUAAUGUUGUGAAUCGAUAAUGAGGUUUUUAAAGAGACAGAGAGAUGUUUCUAUGAAAGUGGUUGGAUAAGUGGGAGUAGAGGAUGUUUUUGUUGAGGAAAGGCAAUUGGCAUGUUGUACCACUAGAUGGCAGAAAGUGACAGUAACAUGGGACAUUGUUGCUAAGGAAAUAAGGGUGUUGUUGAUUUCCAGGCAAUCUGUACAUUGUAACAAAAGAAUGAUUGGCACACUGUAAACCAUUUCCCUAUUUUGUAUCAAUAAUAUGAACAUUAGAUUGACAGUAAGGUGUUGUCCUUAUCAGUUGGAUAAAUGGGAGAAUAUUUAAAGUGUGUGUGUGUGUGUGUGUGUGUGUGUGUGUGUGUGUGUGUGUGUGUGUGUGUGUGUGUGUG